AGGAAGUUGAAAUCAAAGCAACCUUCAUUGAUCAUGACAAUUCAACUUGGCUUUCUAGUUUGGCUAUUACUUUGCGGUUGUAUCAAAAGACCGCUUCUUCAGCUCAUCCAAAUUGUCCUGCUGCACGCCAUAUGGCGCGUUCCCAGUCGAAAGUGAUCCGUGCCGCCUUGGUCGUGGACGACCCGGAUCUGGUGGCCUCGCUGCCGUACCUCAACUUCCUUCGCUUCCUGAAGCGGAACUUCUUCCGCAGGACUGACCUGCGCCGCCUGCUCCAGGUGGGCCUCGUCCGUUGGAACGCACUCAGCGAUGCCAAGAGGAGGUUAUUCAAACCAGAACGAAUCUUGGCCCGUGUGGCUCGCAGGAGAAGGAAUAAACGACGCCGCCGAUUACUGCGCCGUUAUCGGCAUGGCCAGAAAGGUCGUGGUGCAGUGCGUCGCCCCAUCUACGACAAGCGUCCUCCACCGGGACGCGGCAGGUGCAAGUAGAGAGUAGCAUUCAAUGAAAAUAUACAUAACACAUUCAGCUCUUUUUGCACUCUCCUUUUUCAGAAGGAAAGGAAGGCAAAGCUGAAGGCAAGUAGUGAAAAAUCAGACUUCAAUUGAAAGUAUUUGUUGGAUUGUUAGAAGGUAGCAUUUUGAAAAUAAAUAUUUAUUUGUAUACAAAAGUA